UAAAAGGGUUAGUGGUUGUAAACAAAAAUGUCUGUUUUACUUGGUUUAUUAAACAUCUUUGUUCUUUAUGAGUUUAAAGGGGUUAGUGGUUGUAAACAAAAUAUAUAGAUAUUUUUUUACUUCAUUAAACAUGUAACAAAAAUAGUAUGUAUGUUUUUAUUCCAACUUGAUGUUAUACAUACAGUAUAUGCAUAAACUGGAUGCACUAUUUUUUACAUUUAGUACAUGGAAGAUGCUAUAGAUGUCAUAUACCAAUUAUAUUACUACUGUAUUUUAUAAAAACAAUGUCUUACAAUUAAUGUAUUUUUUUUUAUUUUUUUUUAUUGUAUAUCAGGACAUUUCAAAACAUAGAAAAAACUAAAAUUGUGUAUAUUAGUAUUUCAUAAAUAUCUGGUAUUUUAAUUAGCACAUUAAUUUGUUGUAUAUUAGUAGUAUAAAAAUGUUCGUUUAGGCAAGAUUCAAGGAAUCUCUGCGUCGGAAUAUGUUAAUGUUUGAGUAUAGGAGGUGAAAGUUACUGCAGACUAGUAGCAGCUUAUGUUGGUAACACUUAAUGAGAUUAGUUAUGUUGUGUCGUGCAAAGAGGUCAAUCUCGGGAUUAUCUUCUUGCUCAAUUUAUCUUUGUAUUCCUUUCUUUGUACUCAUUCUGUCUUUCAAAUGUUUUAAUUGUCAUAAAAGUAAAGAUUGAUGGAAUCUUAACAUAACACACCGAAUGGAGGAGGAGCAACGCAACAUCUUGGUGCUGUGACACACACAGACACACACUCUUACAAGUCUUCCUCAUGCCGCUGCUACACAACAAAGUUGCUGAUGGCACAUUUGAUGCCAACAAAGAUUUGGUUGAUGCCAACAAAGAUUUGGUUGAUGCCAACAAAGAUUUGGUUGAUACCUACAUGCUUGUGGAUUCUUUAAUGAAGGUGGUAGCAUGUUAUGGACACCUGGCUUCAUGUGUGGGAAGUUGCACAGACACUUUUCAGCUGCGGGAAGAGUUGAAGCAAACGAGUGAAAAAGCCAUGAAGUUGUCUGUGAUCGUCUGUCAGCUUCUCACUUUUUAUCUUCGUGACAAGAAGCUUCCGGAAAAGCAGAGAAAGUCUAUGGAGCUUCUUUGGGUUUCUUUGUCCUCCAGCAUGGAGCUGCUGCAUGUUGACAUGUGCAAAGUUCACAAGCUGGAGGACAUCUUCUCUCUGACUGACUCUGCUAGCUUGGUGCUAACUGGUCUGCAAGGUGGGGCCAGUGAGGUGGCCGCCCGGGCCCUCAGCGUCUCGAAUCUGAACCAGGUUCUCAACUCCAAACUCCCCAGCAACCUGCAGGACCAUCAGGACACGAAACAGCAGGUCAUCCAAAUGGAGAACAUGAUGGACAGCAUGGAGUCAAAGGUCAACGUGUUGCGUUGGAUGGUUGAACCAUGCGGGCCGCAGAAUGGAGACCUGCUAAGCAGCACUGAAAGCUCAUUGGCUCUUUUUUCUGAGGACGAGGAACACUCAGCUGGAUUUCAACCUGCUCGCUUGGUGGUGCUUUUGCUGCUGUGUGCGGCUGUUUUGAUGGUGAGCGCUUUAUUUUCGUGCAUCUUCUUUUCAUGAGCAGUUAUUUCCUUUGGUUCUCUGUC